AUGGCAGAGGUGCGGAUGCGGACGGCAAAGGCGGGCGAGGUCGUGGUGGCGGUCCCGUCGGCGCUGCUGGGCUCUGUGGCGGUGGCUGAAGGCGCCGAGGUGGCCGCAGGCACGGUCCUUGCCACUCUGGUGGUGAUGAAGAUGCAGACCGAGGUCGUGGCCCACGCCCCGCUGCGCAUCCUUCGCUGGGGCCCAGCCCUGGCUGCUGCCCUCGAUCCGGCCACCUACUCCUUCCUGCCGCUCCCACCCGACCUGACCGUCCCGCUCGCUGCCGGCGACGUACUCUUUCGCUUCCGUCUCGUGGCCGAGGUGCCGCUCCCGCCUCCCGCGCCUUCUGUGCCUUCUUCACCUGCGAUGUCGUCGCCUCAAGCUGUGGGCCAGGCAGAAGAGGAUAGGCCAUGGGACGCAGCGCUGCUGCGGAUGGCGGAGAUACGCGAGCGGGCACUCGCCAUGGGUGGGGCGGCAGCUGUGGCCAAGCAGCACGGCAAGGGCAAGGGCGAUGUGCGUGGACGGAUAGCGACGCUGGUGGACGACGGAUCGUUUGUGGAGAUUGGAUCGCUGGCGGGCGCUCUCUCGCGCGAUGGUGCCUCGUUUGCGCCCGCCAACUUUGUGUGUGGCCGCGGGCGGGUUGGCGGACGGAUAGUCGUGGUCGGCGCCGACGACUUUACCGUUCGUGGCGGGCACGCCGAUGGCGGGGUUGUCCGCAAGCAGAUGAUGGCCGAGAAGAUGGCUUACAGGCUGCGACUUCCGAUGGUGCGCCUGCUGGAUGGGUCGUCCGGUGGCGGGUCGGUGGCAUCGCUGCUCAAGCUGCCGGCCACGUACGUCCCGCCGCUGCCGGCCUUCCGAACCAAGGUGGCGCUGCUGAGGCGGGUCCCGGUGGUUGCCGUCCUCCUCGGGCCGGUGGUGGGUUUUGGCGCUGCGCGCGCCAUGGCCUCGCAUUGCCGGAUCAUGGUUGCCGGCACCUCACAGCUAUUUGUGGCUGGCCCGCCGGUUGUGGCUGCUGCCACCGGCCUGCCUCCGCCGACCAAGAACGAGCUCGGCGGCGCGGCUGUGGCCGGCGCCAACGGCUCGAUCGACAUUGUUGCAAGCUCUGAGGACGCAGCUGAGCUGCGGCCUGCGCUACGGACGGUGAUUCCGGGUUCGCGGUCGGCGAGCUACAACCCAUUUCUCAUACUGGCGCUUGUGCUCGAUGCUGGGUACGACACGGCACCAGCGUGGCUCGAGCUGGGCAGCGGAUACGGCCGGUCACUGCGGAGCGGGCUAGGGCGGGUCGGGGGCGUGCCUGUGGUGUGGCUGGCGUCGGACCCGCGGUUUGACGGCGGCCUGCUGACGGCGCUGGCAGCGGCCAAGCUCAAGCGCGCUGUGCAGCUUGCCGAGGUCUUUGGCCUUCCUGUCAUCUCGCUCGUCGACCAGCCAGGCUUCAACAUUGGGCUUUCCGCCGAGGCUGAGGCGACGAUCCUGCACGGGACGGAGGCACUCGUAGCGGUGUUUGAGGCCGCACCGCGACUGGCAUGGCUCUCGAUCAUUGUGCGCAAGUGCUACGGCGUCGCUGGUGGCGCGCUGCUAGACCAUUCCGACCACCUCCGACUUGCGUGGCCGUCGGGUGAUUGGGGCUCGCUUCCUCUCGAGGGCGGCCUACAGGCGGCGUUCAAGGCCGUCCUAGCCGGCCAGCCGGCGGCGGCAGCCGAGGCCCAGAUUGCGCAGUGGACAGCAGACAUUGAGCGGAUUCGAGACCCAAUUCGUACUGCUACAGUGGCUGGCAUCGACGAAAUCAUUGAUCCAGCUUCGACGAGACAGGCCAUCCUCGCGUGGCUGGAAUGCGUCGAACACAUCUUCCCAGCAUGUGGUGAGAGCCGCAUCGACGACGAGACGCGGAUGUGGGCCGACGAGGCCAUCAUGUUCUCAGGCAUGGACGCCAAGCUGUAGCGCAGCACAGUGCGGUGUGUGGGUGUGGAGGGGAAGCUCAGCUCGGAUCAUCAGCGGCAGCCGGCGCUGGCGCCGGCGCAUCGGCACCCUUGGCGUGGUAGUGCUCAACCGAGUCAUCGACCACCGGGGCGCCAAGCUGGUAGCAGUGCUUGUGGACCGAGGUGUAGCGGUUCUCGUGGAGAAUAGACGACGAAGAUGUGCG